CCGGUGAAAACGGAAGUAGGUACGUGGCCGCUCCUGCCGACAGUCUCUCCAUGAUGGCGACAGAGGUUCAGCUUCGAAGCGGCGACCUCGACAGUGCUGCCGCCAGCCGCCUGGAAGUCUCCAUCGACGGCCUCACCCUCACUCCCGACCCGGAGGACGAGCCCGGCCGGUCCGAGGAGCCUCAGCCGGAGCCCGGCAGUGUGACAGCGGGCGGCGCCGAGGCUGGAGAUGGAGGGACUGACAAAUGUGCCGUAGAGGGGAAAUGGGGGUUUCCUCUGCAGGAGCUGUACGGAAUGGCGCUUAAAUUCUUUAAAGAUAAGGAUGGAAAGGCCUUCCACCCCACCUACGAGGAGAAGCUUCGCCUGGUGGCCCUCCACAAACAGGUGCUGCUGGGCCCUUAUAAUCUCGAUGCCUCCCCCGAGGUCGGCUUCUUUGACGUCCUGGGCAACGACCGCAGAAAAGAGUGGGCCUCAUUGGGUAACAUGGAGAGGGAGGAGGCCAUGGUGGAGUUUGUCCAACUGCUUAACAAGUGCUGCAACCUCUUUGCGCCCUACGUCACCUCACACAAGAUAGAAAAGGAGGAGCAGGAGAGGAAAAGGAAAGAGGAGGAGGAGCGUCAGAGGCUGGAGGAGGAGGAGAGGGAGCGACAAAGGCAAGAGGACGAGAGACGAAGGCUUGAGGAGGAGGAAAGGCUGAGGCGUGAGGAGGAGGAAAGGCGGCUGGCAGAGGAAGAGAAACUACGCAUAGAGCAGCAGAAGCAGCAGAUAAUGGCGGCCUUGAACGCCCAGACCGCCGUGCAGUUCCAGCAGUACGCGGCUCAGCAGUACCCAAACAGCCCCGAGCAGCAGAUGGGCCUCAUCCGCCAGCUCCAGGAGCAGCACUACCAGCAGUACAUGCAGCAGCUCUACCAAGUCCAGCUGGCCCAGCAACAGGCGGCCUUACAGAGGCAGCAGCAGGUUGACCCGAUGGCGCACGCCCACCAGGAGGCUGGUGGCUUCUGCAGCGCCGAUCCCAUCGCGGCGUCGGCAGCGGGGCCGAUGUGUGCGGCUUCACCUUCCAGCGAGGACACCCCGACCGUGAAUGGCGGCGGCCACUCCGACCCCUGCACGGAAAACACGGACCGAGAGCUGGACCCCGAGGCGGCAGAGGAGGUCUCGGAGAACGGGCCGUUAUUAGCAGACUCUCCCCCCGUCAUCGCUGCUCCCUCCAUGUGGACGCGCCCGCAAAUCAAAGACUUCAAAGAGAAGAUCCGCCAGGACGCCGACAGCGUGAUCACGGUGGGGCGCGGCGAGGUGGUGACGGUGCGCGUCCCCACGCACGAGGAAGGCUCCUACCUGUUCUGGGAGUUCGCCACAGACUAUUACGACAUCGGCUUCGGGGUCUUCUUCGAGUGGACGGAUGCGGCGUCGGCCUCGGUCAGCGUGCACGUGUCGGAGUCCACCGAUGAGGACGAGGAGGAGGAAGGGGAGCCCCCGAGUGAGGAGGAGAAGGCCAAGAAGGGGGCGGGGAAGCCUCAGGUGGACGAGAUUGUGCCGGUGUACCGGCGGGACUGUCACGAGGAGGUGUACGCCGGCAGCCACCAGUACCCCGGUCGCGGCGUCUACCUGCUCAAGUUCGACAACUCCUACUCGCUGUGGCGCGCCAAGAGUGUUUAUUACAGAGUCUACUACACCAGAUAAGCCUGAACCCAGGAGUGUCUAUGUCCAUAUAUAUAUAUAUACAUAUAUGUGUAUAUAUAUAUUAGGGCUGGGAAUCUUUGGGUGUCCCACGAUUCGAUUCAAAAUCGAUUCUUGGGGUCACGAUUCGAUUCAGAAUCGAUUUUUUUUUUCGAUUCUCGAUUCAAAAACGAUUUUUUUUUUUUUAAAUUUUUUUUUUUCUUUUUUUUUUUUAAAAUGAAAACAAUG